CAUUGAGACGGACAAAAAUAAGGUCAGUGCUUCACACAUGCUUGGUGAGUCGCCGGACGUUGUUUGACAAAUAAAAAUGAAGAUUGUAACAUGGAACAUAAACGGUAUACGAACGUUUAAAAAUGGCAUCAAGAAAAUUCUGGAUUCAUUCGAUGCCGAUAUAAUCUGCGUUCAAGAGACUAAAGUAACCCGUGACCUGUUGGAUGAGAAGACGGCGAUUGUUGAUGGCUACAAUUCAUACUUUAGUUUUAGCCGAGGACGAAGCGGAUAUUCGGGGGUAGCGACCUACUGUAAGGAUGCCGCUACUCCAUUCCUCGCUGAGGAAGGAUUGACAGGUCUGCUGACAAAUCACGGAGAGGCUGUCGGUUGCUAUGGUGACCAGGUUGAGUUAUCCAGUGAGGAGCUUUUGGCGCUGGACAACGAAGGAAGGGCUGUCAUCACUCAGCAUCACUUCAUUGGCAAAGAUGGACCACAGAAGCUCACCGUUAUCAACGUUUAUUGUCCCCGAGCUGAUCCAGAAAAGCCUGAGAGAAAACAUUACAAGCUCCAGUUUUACCAGCUCCUCCAAUGCAGAGCUGAAGCCAUCCUGAGCUCAGGGAGUCACGUGAUUGUACUGGGAGAUGUUAAUACUUCUCAUCGACCCAUAGACCACUGUGACCCAGAUGAUGUGGAUAACUUUGAAGAUAAUCCUGGGAGAAAGUGGCUGGAUCAUUUUCUGUUUGGAACGGCAGAUGAAGAUGAACUCGCAGACAUCUCCCAGAAAUCAGCCUCUGGUGGCAAGUUUGUCGACUCCUUUCGCCAUUUCCACCCAAAGCGCUCCAACGCCUUCACGUGCUGGUCCACGCUCACGGGUGCCAGGCAGACCAACUAUGGCACACGAAUCGACUACAUCUUCACCGACCACUGUCUGGUGAAGUCUGCCCUUACUGGAGUGGACAUUAUGCCGGAGGUGGAGGGAUCCGAUCACUGUCCCGUAUGGGCGGAGCUCAGCUGUACCCUCCAGUCUAGUCCCAAGUGCCCACCCCUGUGCACACGUCACAUGCCAGAGUUCACGGGCAGACAACAGAAACUCUCGCGCUUCUUUGGCAAAGUUUCAGAGAAAGAGAGGUUUUCUAAAGUCUCCGAAGAGGGUCUACCUGGAUCACAGGAUUCUGGAGAGAUUCGCGAAAACCUGAAUCCCAAAGUACAGGGAAAUAAUGUUGGAAAGAAGAGACCUACAUGUAGAGAAAAAGAUGCAAAUGCAAACAAAGCCAAAAGAAGCAAUCAAAUGAAAACCGAAAGCAAUGCUAAAGGAAGUCUUUUAGCUUUCUUUAAGCCUACACAAACACCAUCUGUCCCUUCCAGUGGAAACUUGAGCCCGAAACAGACAAAAUCCUCUCAGGAUAGCCUAGGUAGUGAGAGAGACAUUAGGAGCUGCUCUAGAGAUGUUCAAAUGGAGACCAAUCUUUCUUUGGUAACGGAUAUAGAGACUGACAAUCAGGAUAAAGUAGAAGGAGAGUCAACAUGUAUGGUCAAGUCAAAGGACUGUAAGAAGGAGCCGACCACUGGAUUUUGGAAAGCGGUUUUGCAUGGGCCUCCUCAACCCCCACUGUGUAAAUCACACAAUGAGCCCUGUGUCUUACGGACUGUGAAAAAAUCAGGACCUAAUUUAGGGCGGCAGUUUUUUGUUUGUGCUCGUCCUCAAGGCCAUGCCUCCAAUCCUCAGGCCAGGUGUAAUUUUUUUACCUGGGUAGAUAAAGGGAAGUAGGAUAAACUCAAGGAAUCUGUAUGUUUCGAUUUGUGUAUUUUUGUUUUAUAUGUAGCAUUUUUAAUUAUGCUAAUAAUUUUAAAGGAUUAAAUAAAUACUGUUGUUGAGACUA